AAAUUAAAAAAAACAAUAAUGUGAGCAGAGAGGCAUCUCAUUCUUUCUCCCCCAACUCACAAAGAAAAUUGGUUAAAACAAAGCCCAAUAAUUACACAGUAACAAAACAACAGCUAAUAACCAAAAUAAAAAAGUUUAAAAAAAAAAAAAAGAAGCCUAAUUAACCGACAUUCCCCACUCUCCUAUUAACCAAUCAAAUUGCCAUGGAAAAACCCUUAACUGAAUAUUUUCUUCAGAACAUGAAACCCGUAUGAUGUUAAUCAGACGGCUGAUAUUAUCUGGACGGUGACCCAUCUCUUUCUCUCUCUAUCUGUAAAACCAACGAAGAAAAAGCACCCCUUUUGAGGAAAAAUAUUUUUUUGUUUCUUAUUGUACACAUUGCAAUCGAAAAUUUCCCGUUUUCCUACCAAUCCCUUGUUCAAUUUUGUAGAAUUGCGUAUAGACGGAUCAUACCCAUCUGUCAAGAAUCGAAAGAUUUGAUGUUUUCUUUCUCUUCUUUCGUCAUCUUCCGCUUUGUACAGUAGCAAUCAUAUCAUAUACAUUGCCCAAAUUUUGAUUUCUUCUUUGCCUUCCAAAUUCUUUUUGGGGGUUUUGGUUUCCCCUGCAUGAAUGGAAUCAGAUGGCAUUGAAAGUGUGACAUCUUUGGAUAUGAUGGACGAGGAUGAGAUCCAUGGCCGUCCUCACCACUUUGUUUCAGUUCCAAAACCUCACAACAAUAGCAUUAACAUUCCCGGCACCACCAGUGUCCAUGAACUUCUUGAAUGCCCUGUUUGCACCAAUUCAAUGUACCCUCCAAUCCAUCAGUGUCACAAUGGGCAUACCCUUUGCUCCACCUGUAAAACAAGGGUCCAUAACCGGUGCCCAACUUGUAGACAAGAGCUUGGUGACAUAAGGUGCCUAGCACUGGAAAAGGUUGCUGAAUCUCUUGAACUGCCUUGCAAGUACUGCUCUCUUGGGUGCCCAGAGAUCUUCCCCUAUUACAGUAAACUUAAACACGAGGCUGUCUGCAACUUCAGGCCAUACAACUGUCCAUAUGCUGGAUCCGAUUGCUCUGCUGUUGGGGAUAUUCCAUUCCUUGUUACUCAUCUACGGGAUGAUCACAAAGUGGACAUGCAUUCCGGAUGCACUUUUAACCAUCGUUAUGUCAAGUCUAAUCCUCGUGAAGUAGAAAAUGCCACGUGGAUGUUAACUGUCUUCCACUGUUUUGGUCAAUACUUUUGUCUCCAUUUUGAAGCAUUCCAGCUUGGUAUGGGUCCUGUUUACAUGGCAUUUCUCCGGUUCAUGGGUGAUGAAACAGAAGCUCGGAACUACACCUACAGCCUGGAGGUUGGAGGAAAUGGCCGAAAGCUCAUUUGGGAGGGCAAUCCAAGAAGCAUAAGGGAUAGCCACAAGAAGGUUAGAGACAGCCAUGAUGGCCUCAUAAUACAGCGCAACAUGGCACUUUUCUUCUCUGGAGGGGAUAGGAAAGAGCUGAAGCUGCGAGUCACAGGACGGAUAUGGAAGGAACAGCAGAACCCAGAAGGGGCUAAAGUUUGUGAAGUACCACGUAUCAUUUGUGGUUUAAAUUGAGUGAUAAAGCAGUGGGGUGAGACGGGUAGAUCCUGGGGUAUCUGUUUCUUUAAUUGGUAAAUUCUUCAAAUAUUUAUCAUUGUCAAAUACAUAUAAAAACAGUAAACUUUUAUUCCAGAAUGUACAUUACUCAGCAGGAAAUUACUCCUUGUCUCUGGCAUUGCUUGACUUUUAUUUGUAAUACAA